AGUUGCGAACGACGAUAAUCCAUCCGAGUGACCCACGACCGACACUCACCUCUACCUAUUCGAGCUACACCUCGAUCGAUCACCAUUGGGGAAACAACCUUGAAAACAAUUCAAAGAUGCCGAAAGCCAACAAACAAUCUCAGAACAAGUCCAAGAACAAGCGGAUAGAUGUACCUCAGCCGAAAAAGAAGACUCAGAAGGAGCUCGGGGUGCCCAAGCUGAAAGGACUGCAACGCACUGUCGAUGCCAAGUCUGCCAAAGCCGCGAGGGGAGCCGCUAGGAACGAACAGACUAUGCGUCAUCUCCUAGCUACCUCGACAUCCACAAAACCUCUCAUCGAUGAUCUCCCCGAAAUCGCUGGCCCGGCGGAUCCCUUCUCGACGCUCGCCUCGACGGAACACUUGUCCGCGUUGCGAGACUCGUCCACAAGAGCUUUCACGAGAGAGUUGAAAAAGGUCAUCGAUCGGAGCGAUGUAAUCGUCCAGGUGCUCGAUGCGAGGGAUCCAGAGGGUACCAGAUCGAGAUGGGUAGAGGAGGAGGUCAGGAAGAAGGAAUCCGAGGGGAAAAGGUUGAUGGGCGUGGUCAACAAGAUUGACCUGGUACCAAGAGAAAACCUUGAAGCAUGGUUGAAACACCUCCGCCAUUCCUUCCCGGUCAUGCCGUUCAAGUCGUCCACACAAUCUCAGCGGCAAAACCUCUCGCAAGCCGCCAUCCACCUGUCUACGAAUGCCACAUCAUCCAAGACCCCUUUGGGCGCGACCUCGUCGACUUCUGCACACAAGAAUUCGUCCGAUCCUAUUCCUACCACCUCGGCCUCCCUCGGAGCACCGGCCCUGUUACAACUCCUCAAGAAAUAUGCAUCGACCCACCCUCAUCAGACCUUGACGGUCGGUUUCAUCGGUUACCCCAACGUCGGUAAAUCCUCCCUCAUCAACUCGCUCAAACGUUCCCGAGCUUGUCCGGUGGCCGCCAUGCCGGGUAAGACGAGGGUCAUGCAAGAAGUCGUCCUCGACAAGGGGGUCAAGGUGCUCGAUUGUCCCGGUGUCGUGCUGGACGAUUUCGACCGGAUGGGUCUGGCGCUGGAUGAGUCGGAAAAGGGAAAACGAAAGGGGGCGGUCUUGUUGAGGAACUGUGUCAAGGUGGAAGAGGUGGAGGAUCCUAUGGCCGCUGUCGAGGAAAUCUUAAGGAGGGUGGAAGUGAGCAAGAUGAUGGAGCUUUACGAGGUGCCAGAGUACAAGAAUGUCACCGAGUUCUUGGUCAGGGUUGCUUUGACCCGAGGAAGGCUGGGGAAGGGAGGUAUCCCCGACCUCAUCGCCGCUGCCACGGCAAUCUUACGAGAUUGGAACGCCGGCAAGAUCCCCUACCACACUGAACCGCCCAAGAUCCACCCCUCGGCCAAUCUCACCAAAGAGACAGAGCUGGGCAUCCCUGCUGUCGAGGGAGAGAUGCAAGUCGAGAACGGCCAACAGGAUGGAGAUGCCAUCUUGACCGGGCUUGGACAGGCAUUUGAUCUGGAUGGCUUGUUUGCUUCGUUCGGAGGUGGCGAGUUUGACGAGGAUGAGUGGGUGGAUGAGGCUCCGGGUCUGGUCGGGCAACCGGUCGAUGACGAGCUGGAUGAUGUUGACGAUGUGGGAAUCGACGACGUACCGCCAGAGAUGCCGGUCGAUGAAGACCUUUUGGACCGAAUGGCAGCAGGACCAUCCGCCACUAUCCCGGCUUUCACUCACGUACCUUCAACAUCGACUUAUGCGCCCAGCGCGACUUCCUCGGGAUCUACAUUACCCCGGAUAAAUCCUCUAGCACUCUUCACUCCGGCAGAAAGGGCCUUGUUGCCCAACAACCCGAACCUCAACCCGCUCGACCGCAAGGCGCUCAAACAAAAGGCCAAGAAACAGGCCAAACGGAGCCGGGAGGCCGAAAAGCAGGAGCGAGCGGCGGACGAGGACAUGUUUGACGCGGCGGCGAUGUUUGGUUCGAUGAACGUCACCCAACCCAAGCGGGUCGAGGUCAAGAAGAAGAAAAAGACCGAGACGGGGGCCAAGGGACAGAAGAUCAAGGGGUCCGUUGUGCCCGUGACCAUGGACGCCGAGACGCAGAAGGAGCUGGACUUUAUGAGCUUUUUGAACUCGGUCGGAGCUGAAGGUGGAGAUGAUGACGAUGAUAUGGAGCUGUAGAUGAUAACGAUAUAUACUCGGCGACUCCUUGUACCCCACGAUCAUCCGAGCUCGAUGUACGAUCGCACCGGCCUGAAACCCGAACCUUGGCGUGCGCCUCUGAUCACGUGAAAAGCGAGAGUCAACGCGAGUCAAACGGAUAAUUCGGGCAACAGGGAGGGUUCAGCGAGGAAUAGGUGGGGAUGAAAGGAGAUGAUCAUAUCCCAUGCUGCAUG